AAAAAAUCUUUUGUUCGAAAAAAAAUCGUUGUUUUUGUCGACUAUUUCGACCAAUUUUGGUACACCUGACACACAUGCGUGCACCAGAAUGGCUGAUUCGGGUGAAGAAAUUUACAAGACAACAUUUAAACUUUAUAGAAAUUGGUCGCCAAAAUCCGAUUUACCAUUAAUCGAUCUUCGAUACGCUGAAAAUUAUGAAAAUUUCUUUCAACAACUGGAACAAUCUUCAGACAUUUCAUCACCAUCAGUUGUUGCUAAUUGCGAAACGUUUACACAUUUCAAACCAUUCGAUCAAUGGAAGAUUUAUAAAUUAAUCAAAGGUUUGGAUGGAUUUUUUAUCAUAACUGGAAUAUUGAAGGAAAAUUUUCGACAAGAUUGGUUCGAUUAUUUUCAUGAUCAAUUGCCAUCAUAUCAUGAGGAAUUGAAUCUUAAAUCGAAUAUUUCAUUAAAUGAUUUGAAUGAAAAAUCGAAAUCAAAAUUAAGAUGGAUAACAUUUGGCUAUCAUCAUGAUUGGAACAGUAAAGUUUAUGAUCUGAAUCAGAAAACCGUACGGAUACCUGAUCGAAUCAACGAUCUAUGUCGAAUUGUAUCGAUGUUUAUGAAUUUCCAUAUAUCAUCAUCAUCAUCAUCUACUUUAAAACCUGAAGCUGGUAUUGUUAAUUAUUAUACACAAAAUUCAUCACUAUGUUUUCAUACUGAUCAUUCAGAAUUGAAUCAUCAUGCACCAUUAUUCAGUUUAAGUCUUGGAUCAUCGGCCAUAUUUUUGAUCGGUGGCCAAACCAAACAAUCAUCACAACCAAUUGUGCCUGUUUUAUUAAACGAUUCAGAUUUAGUCAUAAUGUCCAAUGAAAGUCGUCUAGCAUUACAUUCAGUGCCAAAAAUAUUGCCAUCAGAAACAUUGGUCAAAAAUGGAAAUAUUCUUCGUGUGAAUGUGAAUAUUCGUCAGGUUUUUUGAAAUUCAAACGUUAUUAG